UUAUAUACGAUAUUCUAUUAUUGACUAUGUUUAAAUAUACAAUCAAUGUAUAGUAUGUACCUAUGUAUUUCAUAAAUAUAAAAAUCAUAGUAUUAUUUUAGUCGAAUAAAAAUAAAAAUGGUCCCCAUGGAUAAACAAAGACGAUUCGUUUCGAUCUUCCGAGCACUUUCUUCCCCGCCGACCUUCUCGUAUACAAACACGUAAUAUACACAGUACACACCCAUAAACAGACGCAUGCGCAUUUCAUACACGUCUUAUCUCUUUUCUAUGACGUCUGUUUGGAUUAGCGGCGGCGACGGGUCCUCCAAGGUUUAUAGAUAAUAUAAUAUAUAUUAUAUAUUAUACUAUCUAUAAACUUUGGGGUCCUCGGCCAUUUUAUUAUACUUGCCUGAAAAAAAGAACAACACAUUUUUGAGCCUAAUGCCCUAAUGUACAAAUAAAAAUAAAGAUAACUAUUUUGUUGCGCAGCCUGGUAUCGAUAGUCGUAUUAAAAUAUUUGAAUUCUUCUCUUACCCGGACCGGCUGCAGUCGGCACAAAAGACUACGCAGUCUCCCGCUAUAUGCGUCGGCCGCUAGAGUCGUUCAGUUUCCAAUACAAGCCUAUGUUAAAUAGUGUUCACGUCGAGCAGUCAGAUCCGUGUAUGUAUCGCGCCCAGACGUCCGUCCGUGUUCAAGUGCCUUAGAUUCUACAGAAACUGUGACCAUGAAUAUGAAUAAUUACUCCGUUGACGAAAGGUAUAGAAACAUGCUGAGUAUUUUUCGGUAUAGUGAUCUACAAACACUAUUGGGAAUUUUUGGUCAAAAUAGGGGAGGCCGAAAAUCCGAAUUAAAAGAUCGAGCUAUUGAAUUGUUAAGAACUAGACCAGCUAACGUUAACUACUCAGCAUAUUUAGGAAAAAUAAAUGAAAUAUAUCGUACCUUGCAACAUGAAUUGCCUAGUAAUGAUAGUAUGAUGCGCAGAUUAUCACAAAAUCAACAAAAUCAAAUGCAGAUGAUAUCAUCUGUGGGUCAAAUACCGAUGCCCCCACAAAGAAUGUACCAACCACCACAAUAUCCUCAACAAUCAAUGCAUAUGGCACGAGCUGGAUUACCUCAAGUUAUGCCCAAAAUGCAAAGAGGCGUGUAUGGUAACCACGUAUCAAAUUCUAUUCCUGCUAACAAUAUGGUCAAUAAUAACAUUCAGUAUAUACCUGCUGGCAAUUAUCAAUCAUCCAGAACUCAUACCAUAGUGUCACAUCAAUUACCCCCAAAUCAACAAAUGAGUAUUAUAAUACAAGAUGCAUUAGGAUUAGGAACAACGGCUAACGAAAAUAAUUCUUACCUACCAUCUGUUGAAACUGUAGCCCAAAUCAAAUUUAAAAAGCUACCAUUUUAUGAAGUUAUUGAUGAAGUCAUUAAGCCAACUCUUCUAACUGGCACAGACAGAUGUACAUUACUAAACGUUCCUAGAGAUAUGAAAGAAACUACAUUCAAACAUACUCUGUCACUCGAACACGCCAAUUCCGUAUCUUCGAAUCGUGACUUUUCUGAUGGAAAAAAUGAAUAUCGUAAUCAGUUCCAAAUUCGAAUUUGUCAGUUAAUAGAGCCUGUACCUAAUGAGUCACCAGAUUACAUGCCUCUUGGACUACACAUACGAGUUAAUAUGAAAACCUGUCCAUUACCGCCAAUUCUUCCCAAUACUCGACCAAAUAAACUGACUGAACCUAGACGAACUGCAAGACCUAUCAAUUGCACUACAAAUAUCAAACUUUCUCCAAUCGUUAGCAACAACAUAACUAUUAAUUGGACUCCUGAUAAAAAAAAUUAUGUUUUUACUAUGUAUCUUGUAAAAAAAUUAACGGUAGAUACAUUAAUAAAGAAACUUCAAGACAAAGGCGGAAGGAAUUCAGAAGAAACCAAAAACUAUAUUAUUCAAAAGUUAGCAGACGAUGAUCCAGAUUUAGCUACUACUACAUCUUAUCGUUUUUCUUUAGUGUGUCCACUUGGUAAAAUGAGAAUGAAGAUACCUGCAAAAUCUAUUCAUUGUGAUCAUUUACAAUGUUUCGACGCAAGUACAUUUAUAUUAAUGAAUGAAAAGAAACCAACUUGGAUGUGCCCAACUUGUAAUAAGCCAUGUUUGUAUGACGAUAUACAAAUUGAAAAUUACUUUUUGGAAGUUGUUUCAAGUCCAACACUUAAAGACUGCAAUAAAGAAAUUGAAUUUUUGGUUGAUGGAACAUGGAGAGUAUAUGAAGAAACUAUAGAAACACAAAACACCAAUAGUACUCCAGAUAAAGUAAAACCUAUUGAAUCAGUAGAUUUAGAUAGUGACGAUGAAAACUGCAUUGAGUCAAGAACUGAACCUAGCCUUGAAAAUUCUAGAACCCAAGAACCUGAAAACAACUUAAAGUCAUCUUUUGUCGAUCUGACAUUAAGUGGCGAUGAAGAACCACCAACAGAAAAAGAUGAUAAACAGGAAAAUGAAGCCCAAGCAGCUGAUGCUAUUCAACCAGUCACUGUAGUUGAUUUAAAACCACAAGCUCAAGUACAACCACAACAAGCUGUUACCAGUUCUGAACAAGGAUUAGUAAUUGAAAUAGACAGUCCAUCUCCUUCUUCAAGUCCUACUCCUACGACUGAAGCUUCCUAAUUUAGUCUUAGUUUUAUUUUUCAUUUUUUUUUAAUAUUAUACCUAAGUAAUUUUGAUAGUAUAAGCUUUUAAAAUUAAUGUAGUUCAAUCCAUGUAUCAACAAUAUAUUUAUUAAAAUGGCAUUUAAUAAGUAUUAAAAUAUUUAUAUAUUAAUUAUCUUUUCUUUUUAUUAUAGUAUUUAAUAAUAAAUUUUAUAGUUUAUUAAAUUGAAAAUAGUGACAUCACAUUCUUUUACAUUCUUCAGGUUAAUGUAGGAGACAAAUUAUAAUUUUAUUAUGUUAACAAUGGAAUUUGGUUACUAUAGCUAGUACCUACUUUAAAUAAUAAAAUCUAUAUUUUUCCUACCACUUAAAAGCAACCUAUAGAUAUUUGAUAAAAUAACCACCGAUCUACAUAUUUUAUUCUAUCACAGAACAAAUACUCUGAUAUUAUGUUUAAUUAUUAUACUAUAGGAGUGAUAAUGAAUUCAAAAUUAUUUUAUUUAGUAUUUUGUUAACCAAUAAUUAAAACCUGAAAGUUAGAAAAUUUAAAAAAAACACUCAACAUAAUAAUUAUC